UUUUAAUGUACUGUUCAGUGUCAUCUUCAUACUCUUAGUUAGAUUUGUAUGUUUUAGAUGGAAUUAAUGACUUUAAAUUAGUAAAUUGCAAUUUGAUUGAGGUUUUCAUAUAUUGUUCAUUGUCAUCUUCAUACUUUUAGUUAGUGUAAUAUGUUUUAGAUGGAAUUAUUAACUUGAAAUUGAGAUUUGUGAUUGGAAAAAAAUCACAUGCAUUAUCUGUUGUACACAUCGCAUUGAAGUUGAGCUUUAUAAAUUAGUAUAAUAACUGAUCAGUUCAUUAUGAUUUUGAUAUAUGUUCAUUGGCAUCUACAUUGAAUAGUUUAGUUUAACACAUUUAAGAAGUUUAAUAUUCUACCAACAUUAUAAAUUAUAAAUUAUUCAAUUUGUAUAUGUAUAUAUCAGGUCAUUGUAAGAUCAUGCACAAGAGAGCUAUUUGACAAUAAGAAUGAAUUAAAGGUUAACUGCUUUUCAAAUUUGCACUAUGACAAUUGAAGGAAUAAAUGCAUUGCUAAAUGAGGAACAACUUAAGGAAUUUCAUUGCUAAUUUCCUGAUUGGGAACCAGAAGACUGUCAAAUGCCCAGAGAAAUACAUCAACAUGGUAGACAAUAUGGACUUGGUUAAUGAAUAUACAUGGGGUGAUGAAAUCUGGGAAGAUCUGAUUGAAAGAGUUUCUAAAUGGACGCAGAGCAUCAAAAAAGCAAAAAAUGAUAGGCUCGUAAGUGUUUACUAGUGACAAUACUGCAUCAAAUGAUGAGAAAAACAUGUCUGGAAAGAAAGAAAAGGAUUCUGAUAAUCCAAUGUGUGAUAUGCCAAGUUUUGAUCUUCAUCUUGAUGAUACUCAGAAGAUGAAAGCCACUGAAUGGUUAACCGAUAAAGAGGAAGCAGAUGCAGCACGUGAUGAUGCUUCCAUCCAAUUAGAUAAACAGAUUGAUAGCAAUGAACCUCAGCCAAUUUGUGGUCAAAAUUCAAAUGUUGAAGUACAUGAAGAAGUUGAUGUGCUGGAAACACCAACUCCAACAAGCAUCAACACUCAAGAGCUGCAAACGUAUGUUAAUACAGUCAUUACUCAUGUCAUUAAAGAUCUCAGGCAAGAAGAGAAGGGAAUUAAGCCCAACACUGGCAUUUGAGAAGUAAUCGGGACAAGUCCAGAUGCAUUUGAGAGUUGAUUAGGAGCAUUGGAGGUCAAUGAUGGUUUAAAGACGAAGUUUUGAAGACAAAAGAGCUUUAGAAUUGGCUACGGGAUCGAAAGAAGACGAGUAGAGCUUGAAAACGGCGUUCAGAAUGGCGUUAUGUCAAUAGUUCAAGCAUAUCCUUGUGUAGAAACAUCUAAAGAACACGAUUCAAGUUUCAUAUGAAAGCUAAUUUCAAGGGCUACAAAUCAUAUGAAGACACCAUUAACACAAUCUGAGAGUAGAAAGGUGAAAACAGACGAUUCAGACAGAUACUCUCUAUUGCGAACUCAGGAUGUGAUCUUCCACCAUUUAUUCAUAUCUUUUGAUUAGGUGAUUCAAAUCCAGUUUUGCAAGUUUUGGUGGAUAGAGGACUUCAUUUUCUAACACUUUCGUGAAGAAAGCAUCGUCAAAUUCGGAAGAGAAGGGCAAGCUCCGUGCGCCCGAAGUUGGGCACGCCGUGCCCACUGAAGGAAACAACGAGAUGGCUACGGGAGGUCAGGCACGGUCGUGCCUAGACCCGAAACGCGCAGAUGCUCCUCAGGCACGGAUGUCAG